AGAAACUCAUUCACUCUCACAGACUGAUUCCAGCAAACCCCAUUUAACUCAUUUAGUACCUCAGAAUUGUUAAACAUGGACUCCAUAGAGACUGUUUCACCACACACACGUGAAUCUAGCAGUAAGAGGAAAGUGAUCGCGAUAGUGGGAGGCGGUUUGGUUGGAUCUUUGAACGCCUGCUUCUUUGCCAAACGAGGAUUUGAUGUUGCAGUAUUUGAAUCUCGGGAAGAUAUUCGGCUGGCAAAAGUCGUGAGGGGUCGAAGCAUCAACUUGGCCCUGUCCCAUAGGGGGCGCCAGGCCCUGAAACAUGUGGGAAUGGAGGAUAAGAUAAUCUCUAAAGGCAUUCCCAUGCAUGCCCGUAUGAUCCAUAAUACGAAUGGAAAACGUUCUCCCAUACCCUACGGCAAGAAGGGACAGUACAUCCUCUCAGUGGACAGAGCCAACCUCAACAAGGAGCUGCUAACAGCGGCAGAUACAUUUCCAAACACUACACUGAACUUUAAUCACAAGCUGCACGACUGGAGUCCAAAAACAGGAGCAAUGACCUUUAUUGGACCUGAUGGCCAAAUGAAGGAGUUGCAGGCUGAUCUGAUCGUAGGCUGCGAUGGAGCUUUCUCUGCUGUCAGGAAGCAGUUCUUACGGCAAAGUCGUUUCAAUUACAGCCAAACGUACAUUCCCCACGGGUACAUGGAGCUCACCAUGCCCCCUAAAGAUGGAGAUUUUGCGAUGGAGCCUAAUUAUUUGCACAUUUGGCCCAGGAACACUUUUAUGAUGAUUGCCCUGCCUAACUUGGACAGGACAUUCACAUGCACCCUCUUCAUGCCCUUUGAAGAUUUCGAGAAGAUCCGCAGCGGUGACGAGGUCAUUCGUUUCUUCCAGAAAUACUUCCCUGACUCUAUACCUCUAAUAGGAGUUGAGGCUCUGAAACAGGAUUUCUUCCGGCUGCCGGCUCAGGCCAUGGUCUCGGUGAAGUGCUCCCCGUAUCAUCUGUUUGAUAAGUGUGUUCUCAUGGGAGAUGCGGCCCACGCUGUGGUCCCGUUCUACGGUCAAGGAAUGAAUGCGGGAUUUGAGGAUUGUUUAGUUCUCAAUGAAAUUAUGGACCAGUUGAAUGAAAACAUUGCUGCUGUUCUUCAAGAAUACACCAGAGUCCGAGUACCUGACGAUCACGCCAUAGCCGACCUGGCCAUGUACAACUAUGUAGAGAUGAGGGCGCAUGUCAAUUCCAAAUAUUUCCUGUUCCGAAAAUACCUGGACAAUAUCCUUCACGUCAUCAUGCCAAAAACAAUCGUCCCCCUUUACACAAUGGUCACAUUCACCAGAACACGGUACCAUGAAGCGGUGAAUCGCUGGCAUUGGCAAGAUAAGGUGAUCACUCAAAGUCUGUGGCUGUGUGGAGUUGUGUCCGCUGCAGGAGGGAUGUAUGUCUUGGUCAGAAACUCUCACAAACUCCCCAACAUCUCCGCAGAGCACCUGUGGACCCGUAUGCUCGCUUUAAAGCCCUUCUAAUGCACAGGAAAGCCUGUGUUGAUGUUUACUCACCAAAGAGCUUUCAUAGUUCUGUACUGGACCAAAGUUGAAAUCUUCUUCAGUAUCAGUGGCAUGAUGUUGAUUACCACAGGAAAUAAUUUUAGUGUAGUGCACUUUUCCAGAUGGUUUAAAAGCAGAAAUGUGCAGCUGGUAUGAUUGUUAAAGCACUUAUCUUCUCAUCAACAUGUAUAAUCUCAUAAUGCAAAGGUACUUAUAUUGCAUUCAGGGUAUACAUUUUAUCUGUUCAUGCUAAACUUUAGCAUUGCUAGUACUAUGCUGUACUUCUGGAGCUACAGGAACGCUGCCUUGACAUGAGUUUUUCUGUAAAACAUUUAUUAUUUGAGCUCUUAAAGUUGUCUAAAUGUACUUUUUUGAAGUGGAAAUAUUUCUCAAAAGUGUUUUCUUCCUGUGCCUGUGUAGAAACGUGUAGAUUAUUCUGUAUUUUCUGUGAUAAUCAACAUUAUGUCUUGGGUUCUUUAACUUGUAUUGAAUCCAGAACAUUACUUUAAAGAAGCCACCAUGCACUUGAAAUUGUUGAGGGAGAAAUAAUUCUGUGUGAACGUCUAAUCUGGUUUGCUUUUACUUUAUAUAACAUAUAGAUCACAUCUGAGUGGGAGUUGUGAUUUCAAAGCACAUAAAGGUAUAAUCUCUUUGUAAUUAUUAAAAGUCAAACUGAUCAAUGUUUUUGUAGAUUCAAAAUAAGGUAAAGGUGACUGAAUGAAAUCUUUUGUUCACUAAAUGAGUGAAUUCUUCUG